AUGAGUUCUCCCUUAAACCCAAGCGCAGGCGCAACCGCCGCAGAACAAGCAUACAACCCCACACAGACGCUAAGCGAGCAGGAGCAGAAGCUGCAGAGACUCUACGGAAACAGAUUGCCCACCGCAAAGGGACUCCUCAACCAGAAGCUCAAGGAGCGCAAGUACUUUGAUUCAGGAGACUAUGCGCUGUCAAAGGCAGGAAAGACGACGACUCCCGUUGGAUCAGAACACCCUCAACCAGAGAACAUCCCCCACUCUAAUCCAGGAACUGUGAACCCUCUUCACGGAUCACCACCCGUCAAGGAGUCGUCGCUCAUCCACGAAGCCGAGGCGCCACAGUCCAAUGCCUAA